CAUAGAGAAAACAGUUGAAAUUAAAUAAAAGUUUUAUAUUCGACCGCUUUUUCCGUAUCAUAAUGGUUUUUUGACGUUUUUUUUUGUAAAUAUUUUGAUGUAGACUAUUGGACUUCAUUUUCUCAAAUAAAUAAAAGCACAUAACACUUUAAAAAGACUUUCAAUAAAUCGUGAAGAUGGAAGUGGAUGGUGCUGAAAAUUGGAAUAAUAAUCUUUCAGAUGGAGGAAAGUUUGCUAACUUAAAAGCUUUCGUGACUGCUGCUCGUGAGUUUGAAGCAACUCAUAGUGAAUCUGCUGUUAAUUUAAUGACUCGAUAUUUGGGACUUGUAGCUUCGUCUUGUGACUUGACAAUAUUUUCACCGGGCCGGUCAGAGGUGUGUGCCUUCUUUAGCUCACUGUGGCGUGUGAUGUGUGAUGGUCGUGGGCCACAUUGGGCUGGCGUUGCUGUGUUAGCUCGUGCUGCUAUUGAACCUAGUGCCAGGCAUGCUCUUACACAUACAUAUAAAUUCAUGCCCAUUCUUUCACGGCUAUUGUCUGACACAAUAUCUAAUGAUAAAAAAAUAAAAGUUCUGUCUGUUAUGCAGGAAAUAUCCUAUGGUAUAAAAAUCAGCUGGCAAGAGUCAUAUUUAUCUGGGCUAAUGAAACGGUUGACGGAUUGGAUUACACAGCCAAUGCUGGAGCCUCAACACAGGACCAUAGGCCAUAAGUCACUGACAGUUCUUGUAAAUGUCUGCUAUGGUAACUUGCCAGCGAUAUAUGCAUUAAUGAGGACAGUUGACACUAAGGAUUUUGUGGUGCAUCUUAUUAACUUAAAGGAUGGUGGUUACGGUGGCGUAGAGACGUGCCGACUAUUGCUGUGUUUGACUGGCGCGAGCCGAGGCGUGGCUUCCACGCGGCAACAAGACGUGCACGGUUACCUCUGCUGCACUCUGCGUACAUUCAACAAAGCCAUCGCUGAAAAGGAUGCGACGCAGUUGCUUCAUGCUUACACUUUCAUCAAUGAUCUAUGUACAGAUAACAAUUUGAAAGGAUACGUGUUGACAUAUCCACAUUUCACAGCAGCACUAAAAGAUGCAUUAAAGGACCUAGACAGCCUCUGCAAGGUGACAUCAGAUGAUGCUGAAGAGUCAGAACAAGCUUAUGGUUGUCUACAAAAUGCACUCAAGUUCCUUACAGUUUUAGUAAAUUUAGAUUUAUAUACAUUGCGAUGUCACCACAUACAGUUAGUGUGUCUGUGUAUGAAAGCGAGUCAAAUGUGCCUCCCAGAGUCGCUCGAGCUAUUUGCCGCUAUUGUGUUACAAUAUAGAGACGAAGGUCGUCUACCUCAAGAUCUGAUAUCAGUUAUCAGCGAUGGUCUGCCCAGUUUACUUGUUCCACCAGCGUUAGAACCAGGCAAAGCAGGCUUGCAAUGGUUGCAAGUGGUAGGUGCGCUGUGCGAGACGAGUGAGACCCAAGAGCGUGUACUCAACGAAGUAACACCUGAUACAUUCGAGGACACCCUGCACAAUGUACUGCACUAUACAUCUCAGACGGGCGCGCUGGGCAGUGAGGCGGCUCAAGCGGCCGUAGUGGUGUCGUGCCGCAGCGCGCUCGCCCUGGCGCCACUUGCACCGCGCUGGGCCGCCGCGCUCGACCGGCUGCUGGCGCACCACCAGAUUCGGAAACUCCUGUGCGCUGGGCUCACGGGCGGCAACGGGUCGCGACGUCGGCAAAUAUUGCAAUUGGUCAAACAUCAUUAUUUCCCCUCCGAUCAAAUGAAUCAGGUAUUCGGCGAUUUUAGCCUCUUCUUGAAAGAGGUGUCGGAGGUGGGCAUCAUGACUGGACGUAUCAAAAUCGUCGGCCAGCUCGCCGACACGCUACGCAGCGGGAAGAUAUCAGAUAUCGCCACAUCCAGCGUGAUGGAGCUCUAUGGAUACAAGAUGACUUGUUUGGAACAGAGAUUGCACUCACAGUCUGUGGCAUUGCAGGGCGCCAGCGAACAUAUGGCGUCAUUGCAGCACUCACUGGCGAUGUUGCAAGCGACCAACACGUCACAGCAGAACGUACUUUACACCACACAGAUGCAAAACGAAAAACAUAAAAAGAGAAUAGAUGAGCUCCACAAACAGUUGGAAGAUGCGGAGACGACGCUGCGAGCGUUCCGCGCCAAGCUGGCCGCCGAGCGGUUGGACAAAGAGAAUCAGAAGGAUAAUUUGCAAAAGGAGUUCAGAGUGCAGCUAACUAAUUUAGAGAACGAGAUGAAAUCUAGAGAAAAAGCGGCAGAAGAGAGAGUACGGCAAUCAGAGGUGGAGAACAAAGCUUUACAGAAGAAGUUGGAGCAACAGACAAACAAAAACAGCGAGUUAGCGGGCGUACUCAUAAAGUUUGAAGAGCGCGUGAAACAACGCGACAAGCGGCUGGAGGACGCUGCAGCCGCUGAAUCGGCGUUGAAGCGAGACCUUGAGCACAGAGACACGAUGAUAAAACAACUGGAGAAGACGGUAGCGGAGCGCGAGAAUCGUUUAUAUCAGGUGACGUCACAGCUGGAGGAGAUGAAGCGAGUGCAGGAAAUGGUGGCCAAACUGAUGAGCAAGAGUACCUCCACCACGAACAGCUAGCGGCAUGUGCUGCAGAUUUGAUAUGACAGCCUCAGAUGCAGAGACUUCUCUGCAUCGACGCUCGAUGUGAAAUCUUAUCCAAAUUAUGAAACAAGUGAACUUCCGUCGAAUAAUAGUUUUGUACAAUUAUAAAUAUUUCUAAUAACAAUCAUGGAUUUCAUACUGUUUAUAUAAUCUUCAUAUUGAGUAUAUGAAUGUGUAAUGUACGCGAAUGGAAUAUAAGUUUUUAUGUUAAAUGUAUAUUUUAAUAAUCCGUGACAAAUAAACAUGAAUGAUAGUGGA